AUAUAAAUUCAAUAUGGCACAGACUUUAGAUUGGAAGAAGCUUAUGAAAGUGGAUCCAGAUGCUCUGUCUCGUCAAGAGGAACUAGCAGACAGAUUGCUGGAGACCAUAUUAAAGAUUGAUGGGAAAGAUCUAAAAACUGAAGCUCCAGGAAAACUGAUACACCUUUUUAAAAUUACUCAGUCACUAUUGAAGAUGAAAACUCAAGAGGUAGAGCUGGCACUAGAAGAAGUUGAAAAAGCUGGGGAAGAGCAAGCCAAAUGUGAAAAUCAAUUUAAAACAAAAGUCAUGAAACUUCAAAAUGAAUUAGAGAUGGCACAAAAAUCUGCUGGUGGUCGUGAUACUCGUUUUUUGCGUGAUGAGAUCCGCCAACUGGAAAAACAAUUAGAACAAAAAGAGAGAGAGUUAACAGAUAUAGAAAAAGAAUUGGAAAAAGAGAAGAAAGUGAAUGAACAGCUUGCUCUUCGAAAUGAAGAUGCCGAAAAUGAUAACAUCAAAUUAAGGAGAGAGAAAAAACGCUUGCAGAAAAAGAAUGAACAGUUGCGUCAGGAUGUAGUUGACUAUCAGAGGCAAAUAGAUUCUCAGAAAGAAACAGUUCUGUUACGAAGAGAAGAGGAUUCUGAUUACAGAUCACAGUUAUCCAAAAAGAACUUUGAGCUUGUCCAGUAUUUGGAUGAAAUUCAGAAUUUGACUGAAGCUAAUGAGAAGUUAGACAUUCAAAACCAAGAAAUGAGGAAGAAUCUUGAGGAAUCAGUACAAGAAAUGGAAAAGAUGACUGAUGAAUAUAACAAAAUGAAACUAAUUGUGCAACAAUCUGAUACUCUUAUGGAUCACUUGAGAAAAGAGAAAGAACAGUACAAAUUUCAAGUUCAGGAGCUUUCAGACCAGCUGAAAGCAAAGAAUGAAGAAGACUAUCCACUUAUGGCAGCCGUAAAUGCAAAAGUUGAAGAAUGGAAGAGUAUCUUGGCUUCAAAAGAUGAUGAACUCCUACAGUAUCAGCAAAUGUUGUUUAACUUGAAAGAGAAAUUGAGAAUGGCCCAACUUGACGUAGACAGAAACAAUAUAAUGGCCCUUCAGCAGGGUGUGCAAGAGCGGGAUGCGCAGAUACUAUUGCUUACUGAGCAAGUUGAACAGUAUACCAAAGAAAUGGAACAAAAUGCACUGCUAAUUGAGGAAUUAAGAAAUGAUCUCCAAAAAGAUAAAGGUCACUCAUCUCUUGCUCAGCAGAAUCACAUUGGGGAAAUGCAAGAAAAGUUGAAAAUGCUGGAAGAGAAAACUAAGGAGGCUGAGAAAUCAGCAGAAUUAGCAGAAGCAGAUGCUAGAGAAAAGGACAAAGAGCUUGUUGAGACUCUGAAACGAAUGAGAGACUAUGAACUGGGAGUAUAUGGUUUGGAAGAGGCUGUUGCUGAAAUAAAUGAUUUAAAAAAGCAAAUCAGAAUACGAGAUCAUGAGAUUGAAACAUUAAUUAAGGAAGGCAAUAAACUUGAACUUAAAAUAAAUGAUUUUCUUGAUGAAAAUGAAGAACUCAGAGAGCGCUUAGGUCUUGAGCCAAAGACAAUGAUUGAUUUAAGUGAUUUCAGAAACAGCAAAGCACUGAAGCAGCAGCAGUACAGAGCUGAAAACCAGAUUCUCUUGCAAGAGAUUGAAAGUCUAGAAGAAGAAAGGAUCGAAUUGAAAAAACAGAUUCGUAAGUUGGCUCAGGAGAAAGGAAGAAUUGCAACAAUAGGAUUGGAUGCUGGUGACAUAAAAUUAACUGAUAGCUUUACUGAAGAGAAGGGAAUGAGUAAGAGGAAGUUGGAUUUCUUUAACAGACAGGAUAUUACUGAAGUAAAAGCAAAGAAUGAGUAUCUUGCAAAUGAAUUAAGUAUGAGAGAGCGAGAUUUGGAGAAGAACAGGACUGUAAUAGCUAAAUUUCAAUCUAAAUUAAAAGAAUUAUCAGAAGAGAAUAAACAACUUGAACAAGGAAUGAAAGAAAUAUUGCAAGCUGUCAAGGAAAUGCAGACGGAUCCUAGUGUGGAGGGAGGAGGAACAGCCUUAAUAAUCCCUACUCUGGAUCGUUUAGUUAACGCAAUGGAGUCAAAGAAUUCAGAGGGAAUCUUUGAUACUAGUAUGCACUUGAAAGCUCAGGUUGACCAGCUUGCCAGACGAAAUGAAGAAUUACGACAGGAACUGAAACAGACUCGGAAAGAGGCAACAGAUUUCUCUCAUCAGCUGGCAAAUGCAAAUGCAAAGAUUGCACAAUUGAAAAAUGAAAUUUCCUUAUUACAGCAGUCAGAAGGUGCCAGUAUUGUCUUCCAAACAUUGAAUCUUCCAGAAGGAAUGGUUCCUUCAAGUCUUAAUAUAAUUAACUCUCUGAAUGAAUAUUUAAUACGUCUUGUACAGGAACUGGAAAAUAAAGAACAGUCACUUAAACAAUUAGAAGAUGCACUAGAGGACUACAAGCGAAAAUUUGCAGUAAUUCGUCAUCAACAAGGCUUGCUGUAUAAAGAAUAUCAAAGUCAAAAGGAAAGCUGGCAGAAAGAAUCUGAAGACAUGAAAGAGGAAAUGAAAAAGCUAGAAGAGCAAAAAGAACAGGAUGCUACAAAAAUAAAGGCAUAUUCCAAUCUACUCAGUGCACUUCAGCUGGAUCCUGAUGAAACAAAGAAAGUACUUGCAGAAAAUAAUAGAAAAAUAACUGUUUUACGAGUUAAUGAGAGGUCACUAACAAGGCAGUAUACCACUUUACUGGAAGCAGAACGGCAUCUUAGAAAAGAAAAUGAGAAACUAAAAGGUGAAAUAACACAUAUGGAGACUGCAGUUACAGAGAAGAUUGGAAACUUGCAACGAUUCAAGGAAAUGGCUAGCUUUAAGAUUGCAGCUCUGCAAAAAGUACUGGAUGGUAGUGUGCCAUUGUCUGAGCUAGAGCUGGCUAAUAAGCAGUAUAAUGCAUUAACCGCUAAAUACAGAGAUAUGUUACAAAAAGAUAAUGCGCUUGUCCAGCGGACAACAAACAUGGAACACAUGGAG